UCCCCCAGCUGAAGGGAGUUUUUAAUUAUUAUUAUUUUUUUUUUACCCCAGAUGAAGGAGUGCAGUCGGCACACUAGCACAACAUCAGCGAAUUGGUUAAAAACACGAACGUAUAGCUCGAAUUUGCAAACGUUGAUUCUGUUACAAGGUAAUCUGCACUCUUCACUGACAUGCUAAGAAGAGUAGCGGCAAAUGUGGCUGUGAAUAGUUGGAAAGGAAACAUUUUUGAACUUGAUCAUAAGUUAAUCAUGGCACGCCAGCUACAUGCUCGCAGAAUUGAGGGAAUUGACAAAAAUAUAUGGGUUGAUUUUACACAGCUGGCUGCUGACUACAAAGUGGUGAAUCUAGGCCAGGGCUUUCCUGACUUCUCCCCACCAAGCUACAUCCAAGAGGCCCUCUGCAAAGCAGUCAACGGAGGAUGUUCAAUGCAUCAGUACACGCAUGCUUUCGGCCAUCCCCCUCUUGUGUCGAUCCUGGCUAAGUUCUUUGGUAGAGUCGUGGGACAUGAGAUUGAUGCUUUCGAGGACAUCCUGGUCACUGUUGGAGCCUACCAGGCUCUCUUCUGCACCUUUCAAGCCCUGGUCGAUGAAGAUGAUGAGGUCAUCAUUAUUGAGCCUUUUUUCGACUGCUAUCAGCCAAUGGUGAAGAUGGCAGGAGGAAAAGGUGUCUAUGUGCCACUGAGGCCCAGAGUGGAGGGGGGCAAGGCCCUGACUAGUGCAGACUGGGUCCUAUCUUCUGAGGAGUUGGCCAGUAAAUUCAACCCACGCACCAAAGCCAUUGUCAUCAACACUCCCAACAAUCCAUUAGGCAAGGUGUAUAAGAGGGAGGAGCUCCAAGUGAUUGCUGACCUGUGUAUAAAGCACGAUGUGGUGUGUAUCAGUGACGAGGUGUACGAGUGGCUGACUUAUGACGGUGCCAAGCAUGUGAAGAUAGCCAGUCUUCCUGGGAUGUGGGAGCGGACUGUCACGAUAGGAAGCGGAGGAAAGAGCUUCAGUGCUACAGGGUGGAAGGUUGGCUGGGCUAUUGGAGCAGGGCCCAUUGUAAAGCACCUGAAGACCGUCCAUCAGAACUCUGUGUACCACUGUGCCACGGCCGCUCAGGAGGCGGUGGCCCAAGGUUUCCAGAGAGAGUACGAGCUCUUUGGGACGCCAGAGAGUUACUUCCUGCAGCUGCCUGAGAUGCUGAAUCAAAAGAGGAAGAAGCUGGCGACCUGUCUGGAGAGUGUUGGCCUGCAGCCCAUUCUGCCCGAGGGAGGCUACUUCAUGAUAUCAGACAUCUCCUCUCUCAAGGUUGACUUGAAUGAUCCAAGCACUCAGGAUGAACCUCAUGACUACAGAUUUGUCAAGUGGCUCAUUAAAGAGAAGGGUUUGGCCACUAUCCCUGUCUCGGCUUUCUACAGCCCUGAGCACCGCAAGGACUUCCAAAACUACAUUCGGUUCUGCUUCGUCAAGGAGGACUCGACAUUGAACGCUGCUGAGGAUAUCCUCAGAAAGUGGAGUGACUGAAAAUGAAGGCACAGACAACCCUUCCUGUUUUGCCUUUAUCCACACUAGCUCAACUUAAGUCUGCUCCGUUGAACCGAGCCAUAUUCAACACCUCUGGAUUUGUAUACACUAUGUAGUACUGUAGGAAUAGACCUCCAUAGGAUGUUUUCCUUUGUCAAUGUACACUGAGUGUCCUGAACAUCUUCCUAAUAUUGAUUCGCACACCUUUUUGCCCUCAGAACAGCCUCAAUUUGUUGUGGCAUGGACUCUUAUCCAAAGCGUUCCACAGGGAUGCCGGCCCAUGUUGACUCCAAUGCUUCCCACAGUUGUCAAUUUGGCUGGAUGGCCGUCAGGUGGUGGACCAUUCUUGAUACAUAUGGGAAACUGUUGAGCGUGAAAAACCUAGCAGCGUCGCAGUUCUUGACACAAACCGGUUCUCCUGGCACCUACUUCCAUAACCCAUUGAGGCACUUAAACAUUUUGUCUUGCCCAUUAACCCUCUGAAUGGCACACAUACACAAUCCAUGUCUCAAGGCUUAAUAAUUGUUCUUUAACCUGUCUCCUCCACUUCAUCUACACUGAUUUUUGAAGUGGAUGGCCCAUAGCUUUCACCUGGAUUCAGCUGGUCAGUCUGUCAUGGAAAGAGCAGAUGUUCCUAAUGUUUUGGAUACUGUGUAUAUCUACAAUGUCAUGAAGGCAUAUGUCGGCGUAGUCAGUCACACUCCCAGUUCUGAUUGUUCUAGUUGGCUUUUCUUUUUUUUCAAAUCUGUCCUGAUACGGUAGUAAUCAACCACUUAGCGUAAUCAUCCGUCCUGCAUGGAUGUGAUCACCAUCCAGAGUGCACUAUAAUUUUAUCACAUUACUGUUGAUUUGAAUAUUUUUGUUUAACUGCUCUGAAUGACAUUAAUGCACAUUUAAAAAUGAGACCAAGGGAAAGAUGUGCAUUGAAUUUGCUGUCUUUGGUAGACAUCACUGUAUUUGAUGCUGUAAGGUUCUAAUUCUGAGUCUCCCCUUAUCAAUGCCUGCCACAUGUAAUCGCUUCCCUGCACUCAACACAUUUCAAGCUUAGUUGCACACAUUAUAUACCUUCCUCCUAUAACCAUUCACUUCUGGUGUAGACCCUCUCUCAGUAACAUGAAGUAGAUUUCAUAUUCUCAGAACCCAACAAUGUCCUUUAAUCUUUUAGUGAUUUUUUUUGUUGUUGUUAUCAACUGGUGGUCUACUCCUCAGAAAUUGUCCCAAAGUGUGCUUAUUUGCAUAACUGUAUGCUGAUCUUGUAAAAAUAAAGAGUUUUGAAGCGGCUAAA